UAAUUCGAUCACAAUAGAAAACCAGCCGAGCGGUGCGGUAUAGUGGUAACUUUCUAUGGGACGAGAUACGUCCAAGUUUACCGUGUUUACAAGUAAUCAGUGUGUUCCGCAUGUGAUGCAUGAUCUUAUCGCCCAGACGAGUUCCGAACGAUUCCAACAUAUAUUUCACCCUGGAAAGAUAUCGUAUACUCUGGAGACAUACAUUACACCCUGGAGACAUAUAUUACACCCUGGAGACAUAUAUGACACUGUGGAGACAUAUAUGACACUGGAUUGAUACAUUAUACUGUAGAAGGAAUCUGAUAAGUUGAUCCUUCUGUGCCUCUGGAAAUUAUAAAGUGAGAAAUGAGUGAAUAAAGUGAAUUUGUGAUCGAUGAAAUUCCUAUUGUAUACCGGAAAGGAGUUGAUGUGAUUAAUUACAAGAUCAGGAAGAUGCCGAUGACAAACUGCGAACUCGGAUCUAUCUAAAGAUAUCAAAAUACCAUUUUAUUAAACCGGACUAGUAAGUCGAACGCUUAUUUACAGCGGAUUGUCGGAUUGCAUGACCGGAUACAUUUCGGUAAAAUACGUCCAGAAUCUAAGGUUGUCGGUUAACCCGAGUCUUUUCUGUAAUCGAUGUACUUCAGUCUCCUUGUCACGUAAAUCCUUUACGACAGCGUGUUCAUUUAUUUCCUAAAAUUAAUGCUCACUUAUUGAGCAUCGACAUUUGUAGUGACACAGCUCGCUGGUAACUCGUGUUGGCCGCGCGGCAUGUUUGCGUCAUAGUUUCCCGAACAUCAUUAUAUCCGGUACCAAUACUAAAAUUAAUUCCAAGAAAAUUGGUCAUUUGUAACGAGGAGUAUAGAGAGGCGGUCGAGAAAACCCCCAGAACGUAUCCAUCAUUUAACUUUACUUGGAUAUAGUACACAUGCUCACCAAUGUGCCCGUCAGCUGUUGUUUACAGAAACGUCUUCUUAUAUUGGAGCAAUAAUAAUGUAGCCCGUAAUGUCCGGUGGACGAGGUAACUGAGGUCACGUGACGUUUGGUUUUUACACAACUUAUAUUACAGUAAUUGAGACGACUUCUAUAUAUCAUCAAUAUGAUGGAGAGUUUUGGAGUAGUAUGUACUGUUAUGUGCGUGAUAAACAUUGGGAUUAGCAGUUGUUUAACCAUGGGGAAUACGAGGACAAUCGCUCAACUAAUCGCCGACGACAACAGACUACGAAAGUUACACAACACCAUUCAUCAACACAACAUGUCCCGCCUGUUUGAACAGACUGGUAUUACCGUCUUUGCUCCGUACAGUACUGCCUUCCUCUACUACAACGAGACGCAUUAUGGGUACAAUAUGGACGACCCGAACAUGGUCGAGAGCUUUCUAUCAUUUCACAUUGCUCAAGGAAUCAUACACGAGAGUGACAUUAUAGAUAAUCGGGCCACAGACUCGACACACGCCUCCAGGUCCAAACUUCAUUUCAACACUUUUACAGAUGGCGACGAUCUCAUUAAAUCGGUGAAUGGUGCCGUUCUUACUAAUGUGGACCUCGUCGCCUCAAAUGGAGUCCUUCAUAUCAUCGACAAAGUCAUCGCUCCUAUCGCCAGCAAUAAAACGCUACACGACUACAUGUUAAAUCCGGAAAUGAUCAAUUUGUCGUUCGUGUCAGUGACCAGAGCUUCUAUUGUCGAUAUGGGUCUGAAGAACAGAACACGUAACAACAACUACCAGUUUACGGCCUUCGCUCCUAACGACUCCGUCCUGUUCCCAAUGCCGGCAUAUGGUCAGGAUGUCCUGUUUGGGGACGCUUUCCUGUUACGAUCGGUAAUACAAGCCCAUAUGAUACCAGACUAUAUCCAGUUUCUGCCCAGCAGAGGAACAGUUCUCCCGAGAUUGGCCACAGCAGGAGCUGUCAAGUAUGAAAGGAGAAAUGGAGAAUUGUAUGUGAUGAACAACAAAGUUCGAGCCAGAGUGGUGGAAGCCAACAUCCCUGUGUCUAACGGAGUAAUACACGUAAUAGACAACCUCCUGUACUUCGUCUACAUGAACAUAGUCCAGAAACUGAAGGAAAUGUCGGAAACCAGGAAAGCUAUAGGGCUUUACCUGGACAAGCUGCCUCUUAGUACACAGGAAAUGCUGAGCAGUACAGACGUCAAAUUCACCGUUUUUGCACCGACGGACGAAGCCUUCGCUAAAAUUCCGAGACUACAACAGGAGGAAUUGUCGGCCGAUCUGUCCCUCUUAUCGGAGGUAUUGGAGACCCAUAUCGUUCCGGAUGUAGAAAUAGUUGGCUACAACAUUCCUCGGUACGACGUUCUUACUUCUGUCAACAACAACACGAUCCGAAUACUCCAAGUUAAUGAUGAUGUGUUCGUAGAAGCCGGCGGAAUUCAGGCUAAGGUCGAGCUGACGGACAUCAAAUGUACGAAUGGUAUCAUUCAUCUUAUUAGCAAUGUACUCCUCCUUCGGAACUUCUCUAUUUGGGACGCUAUUUCCGGAAAUGCUCGGCUUCAGUACGCGUCUAAUAUGAUAUCGAAGGAUCCGGAAUUACAAUCCAUUCUGUCCGGAACGAACACAGACGACGUGAAACUGACCAUGUUUAUCCCCGGUGACGCUGCCAUAUUCAAGAUUCCACAGAGAACUCGUGACUACUUCCAUAGCGACCCCAGCGUGGUAACGAACGCUUUGAGAGGUCACCUGUUUCACGGAGAACUUCCAUCGUAUGACGUCACAUCAAUGAUUGUCAAGACAACCAUCGGUGGAAAAGAUAUAGAAAUUGAGAAUCGAAAAGGAUUCGUGGUGACAGGAAGUUACAUUUUUGCGAAGGUUGUAGAGGAGGAUAUUUGGUGUUCCAAUGGUGUUAUACAUAUCAUUGAUGACCUACUUCACGUGCCUACGCGUAACAUACUGGAGCAGAUGUCACGAUACACCGACCUAGAGUUUCAGACUUCGUUCUACUCCAUGCCUGAUAUGUCGAGUCUGGAGUCGAAGUUACGGACAGAAGAUGUUUUCUUCACCGUGUUCGUCCCUGUUGAUGACGCCUUUGACGCUGUACCGAGAUCUCGAGCUGACAAAAUGCUUCAGGAUGAACCCUACAUGGAGAAGAUUCUGAAAGCUCACGUUGUCCCCAAUAUGAGCUUGUAUGCUGAAGACUUUAACGACGGCGAUCUUCUGUUGGCAGAAGAGGAAUUCAUACACAUUUUCAGAGAAGGAAAAGAUGAUGUUGUUAUCAUCAAUAAUAACGUCAGAGCAAAAAUACUGAAGAGUAACAUCCGGGCUACUAACGGGAAACUACACGUGAUUGAUCGUUUACUGUAUUUCCCGUACCUAACCGUAGCAGAAACCAUGACAACGGAUCCACGCUUCAGACCGUUCUAUGAUCUGAUGUCCAUCCUAGUCGAGUUCCAGUUAAUGACAGCUGAUGACCAACAACAGAUGACAAUAUUUGUACCUAGCGCUACAUUCCUUGCCUCCAUAUCAUCUAACGAGACAAGUGCUAUCUUCACUAAUCCAGAAAUCUUAAAAAAGAUAUUUGUCGGUCAUGUCAUUCCUGGCGCCAGACUUGACAGUAUGUACUUGAGACAGAACUUCAUCAGCGAGUACGUUUACACGGGACCAAAUGCUACCUUUAAGUUCGAGGACAAUAACGGAGGUGUUACAAUCAGUGCUGGCUACAGUAACCUCCAUCAACCCCUGAACAUAGUGCGGGACGGUGUGGCGUGCAGUAAUGGCAUUUUGUAUACAAUAGAUGGUUUCCUAAGCUGGUCAUUGUUAAACAUCAAACAGGAACUCGAGGCGGACAUAACGCUGAAUGACACCGCUCACCGUUUUAUGGACUUCCUACCUGAUGAGGUUGAGGACCUGUUCGCGGAGGAAGAUCAGAUAUACACGUUAUUUUUACCAGAGGAGUCUGCAUUUCGAGACAUUAGGACUAAUUUUCACCUCAAUGACACGGACAAAGAAGCGGUGUACAAUCGUCACGUGAUCAACGGUAGCGCCAUCUCAUUGGCUAACUUUAUUCAAGCCGGGAAUUCCAGUAACAAUGAGACUAAACAUGCCUACAACAUUGUACGGGGCGAAGAUUGCUUCCUUUCUUGGAAUGGUAUAGAGGCGAAAGUUAUUAAAUCAAAUAUAUUAUCAAGGAAUGGAAUAAUUCACGUGGUUGAUAAAAUUUUAGUGUCGAUUCCGGAACCGGAAAUGACAACUCGGAAGGGAGCAUUGGAACCCGGUGUCGGAUCUGCAGCUGUGAUAAAAACAAACUAUUUACUAAUAUUAGCUUCCUGUUUUAUCAGUUUAUUCAGGAUGUAUGUAAAUAGGUGAUAUCAAGUUUGUAUUAAUGUUUAGAGGAAUAUGUGAAAAUAUGGCAGCAAAUUGAAUUAAAAAAUGAACCUCUGUCUGGCCAGAUGAUGGUAAUCGGCGACAAAAUUAAAAACAAAUUAUGGUUUAUUGAUUUAAGCAGUAUUUCAGUUGAAGUAUCUUUCUUAUAGUUUAUCACACAGACAUUAAAAUCGAGUAUCUUUAUGCCUCUUACGGUAAUUUCAAAUGGUGUAAUUACACGUAUAUCCUUUUACCGUAAAGAAUUUCAUUAAGAAAUUGACCCAAUAUUUUAGGGAAUGCGACGAAUACAUAACCAUGCAUUGAAAUAUACAAACGUCAUCUGUCUUCGAUCCUCCUCAUGAUACACAUUGAAAUCCUUCCUGAUACAAUAAAGGUUUUAAAUAUAGCUCAAAUGUUUAAAUAAAAUCACAUUUCAGCAUUCGUUAUCAAAGAUACUGGUCGGAGAUAGAGACAUUACAUUCCUGGUAAGACACGUACGAUAUAUAAUGAUGUGACGCCUAUCAGCACUGUUGUGCUAUUAUUGUUGUUUUACAAUUUGUGACAAGUCUCUGUAAAUACAUGGUUAAUUGUCAAUCACAACGCUUUCCCGAACAGUUCUAGGUAUAGUGAUGCUCUCAGUAUAUUAAGGAGGUGUUCCUUUAUAUGUUCGUCAAUCUACUGGUACACGUGUACUUUAAUGCUGAGGUCACGAACUUUACAUGUUCGUCUAUCUACUGGUACACGUGUACUUUAAUGCUGAGGUCAUGACCUUUAUAUGUUCGUCUAUCUACUGGUACACGUGUACUUUAAUGCUGAGGUCAUGACCUUUAUAUGUUCGUCUAUCUACUGGUACACGUGUACAUUAAUGCUGAGGUUAUGACCUUUAUAUGUUCAUCAAUCUACUGAUACACAUGUGUUUUACUGUAGAGGUUAUGACCUUUAUAUGUUCAUCAAUCUACUGAUACACAUGUAUUUUACUGUAGAGGUCAUGAACUUUAUUAUGUUUAUCAAUCUAGUGAUACACAUUUGUUUUACUACGAAAAUCGGGACCUUUAUAUGAACCUGUUGAGUAGAUUGCAGUAAGGGUUCUAUAUAAAUAUAUAUAUAGCACAUUUAGCUUUUAUCGUCUUUAUAGAUAUGUAGAACUAAUUUACAUGUAUUCAUCUACUAAAAUCAACACACGCCUACAAUGGUUACUCGUUUGUGGUUUUUAUCUGUGUGUGUGGUGUCAAUAGUCCUAUCAAGGUAUCUGCUGGUUUUGAUUAAGUGUUGAAUGUUUGAGUGUAUUCUAUUUUAUUGUUAUGAACUAUCGGUUUCUGGUACGAAAGGGACACUUGUCGGUUUUUAUUAUUUUUUCCCCAUAAUAUACAUUAUCGACAGCGCUUUUCAAAAAUAACUAGUUUCUUUAAAAAUCCAUUCAUCGGUGAAAACAUCCUGAGUAUAAUUAUAUGAUUUUACGAUAAUGUUCCUCAUUUAAAUAUCCAAGUGUGUACUUUACUCAAUAGGGCGUAAUUCAUUUGUAUGUGACUCUCUUUCUUAUUGCCAUAAAUGUUGCACCUAUAAAAAUGUAUUUUGGCGUGUAUUGUUUUAAAAGUUGCAAAUGCAGAUCAAUUGUAAUUAUUGUAAUUGUAGUAUACAAGUAAACACCACGUUACUGGUAUAACUGUUGUUACUGUAGUUCACAUGUAAACACCACGUUAACGGAUUAUAUAAGAUAAAUUCGCCUCCGUUCCUUGAUAUUAAACCCCUGUUUUCAGUGACAUCACCGCUCGAAUCUACUUUUUGACGAGUUAAGACAGGAAAUCACUUGUUAACUGCUGUUAACAUCGCAUCUUGAUAUUUGGUAAAUAGUGUUUCUAAUUAGAAACAUGCAAGGGAGACCUAUUAUUUAAAGAAUGCAAUCAACUUAUUUAAUUUUGUAUGCAAAACGGUCCCAUAUUCAGCAAGCAUCCAUUGUUUUUUUUUGUUUGUUUUUUUUUGCUUUGUAUCCAUGUUAUUCUUUUCUAUUGAAUUCCUUAACCAAAUUGAUGUAUAUUUUGUAAGCGAUUGUAAGUACUGUAUACCUGGUAAUUUUCGCCCCCGUUUAAUUUUCGUCAUUUUCGCCCUUUGAUGAUAGGGCGAAUUUAAGAUGACGGCGAAAUUGCAAGUUAUCGUACAUAGGCUAAUUGUAGUCGGAUCGAAAACAUACCCUCGUACUUUUCAAGUAUGUUUUUUUUUAUAUAAUUACAAGCAACACGUGUUAUAAAAUAAUUUAUUGUUUUAUUCCAAUCUAUGCAUGUGAAAUAAAAUCUAGAUAUAUAUCUAGGCCUGGUGAAUUUGCUAUAAAUCGAGAAUAUUGGCUAAGACAGUGUACUGGGUUUAAUAUACUAGUAUUUGAUUUCGAAAAAAAGCAGACAGCGUGCUAGGUUUAGUGUAUUAUUUGUUUUUGAAUCUAUAAAAACUAGGUAACUUUUAAAAUCUUUGUAAAUGAUGCACACAAAAUUGCAUUUAAUUCUUGCCAUUGUGAAGACUGAUUUUAUGAGUUCACCAUCGCUUGUGGCUUCCAUCGAUGACAAAUGAACAAUAGAAAACACUGGUUAGUAAUUAGUCACGGCACGGUGAACUUACCACUCAUCGUGUUUGCUUAAAAUCGACCAUGCAUACCUGAUACUAUUUGAAUCAGUAUAGGCUUAAAGUAAAUCUAAACACAGGUAAACGUUGAAUAUUUUACACCUGAUUACAUUUCACACCUCAGCGGGAUAUGCAAAGAAAAGAAAAUGCGGGAACUGGAUAAAUCCUGAGUGUUCCGAGUGCAAUUGUAUCGAGAAUUCCGAACGGAGUUUUCCUAUUGUAAACGAGGUAAAGGCAUUUCCUAAAAGAAGUUUAGGGCGAAAUUAAAACGGGGCGAAUAGCUUUUGUGUUGCUCAAGGGUGAAAAUAACCUGGGGCGAAAAAUACCAGGAAUACAAUGUUUCACUGCAGCCUUCCAAGGGACGCGACAGACGACGAAUGAAUGACCGUAUGUUAGUGUUCAGUAUGUAUUUGAAAACAUGUCACCGUGUUAGAUUUAUAAUAAAGCAUUUUAUUGAUAAAUAUGCAUCAUCUUUUUAUUCACAAUAAAAGGAAGUCAUCGUGUUUAUCUCACAAGGUUUCCUUUAGUUGAUAAUGAUAUUAAUUCCUUCGCCUAUAUACAUUGUAUCAAUAAGCUUCACAAUAGGACGUAAAUUAUCAAAACAUCCCUUACAUGUAAAAAAUUCUAACCCUAACUUUAACCCUACAGACAUUAAAUCAAUAAGCUUUA